ACGCCCCCCGCUCUUCUCAAGCUGCGCCGAGUACGCAGCAUCAUACUGCACACCUGCCUUCUCCUUUUGCGCAUGGAGUAGGCAAAAACUCACUGUCAGGACCUUCCGUUAUCUCUAAACAUUUCCGUCAUCUUAUGAUAAACAAAAACAGUUUGGCUCAUAGGUUUUCUGGUCUGCAUUUUCUUUUUCGCUUUGCAUAGAGACGCAUCCUCUGUUUUGGAUACUGCUCAGCUCAAGGGAAGGUGCGAAACUGCGCAUCUGUCAUUCAGCCAACUCAAGCGGUGUAUGAGUGUUUCGACUACUUCAAACCAACAGCGUGAUAAUCUGCUUUAAAUCCAGUAUCUGUGUUCGUUUAUUACACGCCUGUUAACGCAAGGGGACCGUCACAAAAACCAUCGGCUUUAAAACUCUUUCCACAUCACACAAUGACCGAAGCCGGUGCAGAAUGCAACAUCAAGGUGCUGUGCCGUUUUCGUCCAUUGAACCCGAGUGAGAUCUUUCGUGGAGACAAAUUUCUCCCCGUCUUUCAAGGAGAUGACACUGUCAUCGUGGGGGGAAAGUCUUUUGUAUUUGACCGAGUCUUUCCCACCAACACCACACAAGAUCAGAUCUACAACAGCUGUGCCAAACAAAUUGUUAAAGAUGUGCUGGACGGAUACAAUGGUACCAUCUUUGCAUAUGGACAAACAUCCUCUGGCAAAACCCACACUAUGGAGGGAAAGCUCCAUGAACCCGACAACAUGGGCAUUAUUCCAAGGAUCACUGAUGACAUCUUCAACUACAUCUUUGCCAUGGAUGAAAACUUGGAAUUUCACAUCAAGGUUUCUUAUUUUGAAAUCUACAUGGAUAAAAUUAGAGACCUGCUUGAUGUGAGUAAGACAAACCUGUCAGUGCAUGAAGACAAGAACAGGGUCCCAUAUGUCAAGGGUUGUACAGAACGCUUUGUUUCCAGUCCUGAGGAAAUGAUGGAUAUAAUUGAUGAAGGGAAAUCUAACCGCCAUGUAGCUGUUACCAAUAUGAAUGAGCACAGCUCCAGGAGUCAUAGCAUCUUCCUCAUAAAUAUCAAACAAGAGCAUGUGGAGACAGAGCAGAAACUCAGUGGCAAGCUCUACCUGGUGGACUUAGCUGGCAGUGAAAAGGUGAGCAAGACAGGUGCAGAAGGGUCUGUCCUAGAUGAGGCCAAAAAUAUCAACAAAUCUCUUUCUGCACUGGGCAAUGUGAUAUCAGCCCUGGCUGAGGGAACGAAGACCCAUGUGCCUUACAGGGACAGCAAAAUGACCCGAAUUCUCCAGGACUCGUUAGGUGGAAACUGCAGAACCACCAUGUUUAUCUGCUGCUCGCCUUCUUCUUACAAUGAGGCUGAGACCAAAUCUACACUCAUGUUUGGACAACGUGCUAAAACCAUAAGGAACACAGCAUCAGUGAACCUGGAGCUGACAGCAGAGCAGUACAGGAGGAAGUAUGAGAAGGAAAAGGAAAAGAACAAGAUUCUGAAGGAAACCAUCCAGAGACUGGAGGCUGAACUCAAUCGCUGGCAUAAUGGUGAAGCAGUCCCUGAAGUGGUGCAGGACAACAGUGCGUGUGUCGUGGAAUCUGAGCUUUGUGAAGAUGGUGCUUUAGAUGAGAGCAGCGGUGGCCCAUCCUCAGUUCACCUCACAGUUACAGAGGGGGAUUUAUGCAAACUUUACAAGCAGCUGGAUGACAAAGAUGAUGAGAUUAACUUGCAAAGUCAACUGGUGGAAAAACUGAAGAAGCAAAUGCUGGAUCAGGAGGAGUUUUUGGCAUCGUCACGUGCAGACAAUGAGCGGAUCCAGUGUGAGCUGAGCCACCUUCAUGUUGAGAGUGAGAGUGCUAAAGCAGAAGUUAAGGAAGUUUUGCAGGCUCUGGAAGAAUUGGCUCUAAGCUAUGACCAGAAGAGUCAUGAGGCAGAAGACAAGAGUAUGGAGAAUAAGUUGCUCACCCAAGAGCUUGCCCAGAAAAUGACAGAUUUGAUGUGCUUGGAGACUGAAUUCUCGCAGCUGCAGGAUGUGAAUAGCCAACAGAGGAAACGCAUCACUGAGGUUCUAAAUAACCUGCUGAAGGACCUGAGUGACUUCAGCAUCAUCUUGGGCAGUGGAGAAAUCAGACUGCCACAUGAUCUCUCUGGUGUGUUAGAGGGGGAGUAUGCCGUGGUGUGCGUUUACAUUAGUAAGGUAAAAUCAGAGCUGAAAUCCCUAGUAAACCGCUGUAGGCAACUAGAAAACUUUCAGACAGACAGCCAACGCAAAAUGGAGGAGACUGGGAGAGAAUUGUCAUCUUGCCAACUGCUCAUAUCACAGGUGAGAAGACAUAAAUGCGCACACACACUAACAAUGUUAAAAACUGCCUGUACUGUUCACUGUGUUUUUGGCAUACAUGUGCAGCAUGAGGCAAAGAUUCGCUCCCUGACUGAGUACAUGCAGAAUAUGGAGCUGAAAAAGAGGCAGCUGGAGGAGAACUGUGACUGUCUUGUGACUGAGAUUGCAAGAUUACAGAAUGCAGAAAGCCUUCAAGAGAACCAGCAAGACAAUGAGGAAUCUGGGGAGCCUAAGGUCAACACAAAAUAUCUGCAUAGAGGCAAUCAUCUUGAAUCACAGCACAAACAACUUGUACGCCUACGUGAUGACAUCAACAACAAGCAGAAGAUAGUUGACGAACUCACAGAUGAAAAUCAGAGGCUGGUUGUGGAAUUACAACAAUUGCAUGCUGAGUUUGCAACCCUGAAAAGUCGGGAGUGUGAAAAGAGUGCCCGGCUUGAAGAGCUCCAAUAUCUCAAUGAGCGCCAUGAGCAGGCUAAGCAGGACAUGAAAAGGCUGGAAGAAACUGUUGCUUGUGAACUCCAGAGCUUGCACAAUCUGAGGAAGCUUUUUGUUCAAGACCUCACAGCUCGAGUUAAACGAAGCUCUGAAAUGGAACUUGAUGACAGUGGAGGGUUUUCCACACAAAAGCAAAAGAUUUCUUUUCUUGAGAACAACUUGGAACAGCUUACAAAAGUACACAAACAGCUGGUACGUGAUAAUGCAGAUCUGCGCUGUGAACUUCCUAAACUGGAGAAGCGUCUUUGCUCUACAGCUGAUCGAGUUCGCGCAUUGGAGGGUGCAUUGAAAGAAGCCAAAGAGGGAGCCAUGAAGGACCGGCACCGUUACCAGCAAGAAGUUGAACGCAUUAGAGAGGUCAUGCGAACCAAGAACUUCUUCCAACGCCCUAACACUGCAUUGAUUGCCAAGCCUGUUCGGCCAGGAAACUACCCUGCAUACUCACAAAUCAAUCACAUGUUCAUGCGCACCAGUGAUCCAAGAAUUGCAUUUAGCAAUGUAUUGUUUCAGAGAGCCAGUCAACCCAACAAAAAGACUAAAUCAAACUAUACAGACAAAGUUCCCGAGGACAGGCAGCACACAGCAAAUGAAUCGCUAGACUGCACUCACAAGCUCAACACUGUCAAUGGGAAUACCACAGACAUCAAUGACAACAGUGACUGUUCAAUGUGUAGCAGUGAUGCGCACUGCAGCAUUUCUCCUGACCAGAUCAAACAGCAGCAAGAAGUUAUCCAACAAGAGCAAGCAACCAGCUAAAAUCACCUAGAAGUUGUACCGACUGAGGUACACAAAACACACCAGAAGCACAGAUAUUACAGAUAUAUUUGAAAUAACACUCUUAGUAGCAUUCAGUAACACUGAAUCUUGUUCUGACAUUUAGAUGUGUUAUAAUGUAUUGCUAUGAGACCAUUAAGAAUGUGAAUGCUUGUCUCUGACAUAGAUAACAUGUUGUAAGUCCCUUUCUGUAUACAGUAUGUGCAUGUUGCCUGCAAAAGGUUCUUCACAGAAAAGACCACUGCAUUUCUAUAUUUUGUAUCCGUAAUGUAUAGCUUUUAAAGUUGACCAGCAGAUGGCGCUGUCUUGUGUUUUGCAGCUCAGAAUUUGAUCUAUGUACUGUAAAAUACACACAUACUGUACGAGUAUCUUGUGAGGAUAAUAAAUCGAAUGCAUUACGCUGUGAGAUGGCAAUGUAAUCAAACGUCAGUUGUGUAUUAUGUACGAUGAAGUUACGUAUAUUGAGAUAAAAAGUCAUAAACAUAGGCACCAUAGAUCAUGUGGAUCAGGCUGUAGUUGCUUAACUAUCAGCAGAUUUACAUACAGAUUUACUGAUUGAACAGACAUUACCCAGUAUGGGCCUUAUGUUAUUAUUUUUGUGGCUCUCUCCUAAUCGGCCAGUUAGGAUGAGAAAAUUAGGAAGGUUAGAAAUACUAACUGUACAUUCUGAUAAUAAUGAUGGAAUUAAAUGCUAAGCUCAGAAAUAACAUAUGUUUGUUACGUUACUCUAAGCUCUGGAAAGUCUAUUCCUUAUCUUUUAUCUAAACCCAUUUUGAUUCGGAAAGAGGGAAUUUGAGUGCUUUUUCACCUAAACCUGUAUUUUGACAGAGAUUAAUUGAGGUGUUAGCCUUUACAAGAUUUUCAGGAGCUGGUAAUAUUGUUUAGGCCUAGGGUGUGCAUGCAUAUAAAUUACACAUAUUUUGCUAACUUAAUAAUAUACGUACAUAAUACGCAAUAGUUGGGCAAACCUGCCUAAAUUUGUAAACAAACAUAAAUCAUAUGAAUUUAGGCCAUCUGUUUGCGGUUAUUAUUUUUGUCUUGGCUUUUUAUGUUUUCUUCUUUGACUAAAAUGCACAGCAUGCAUCUGUAGCAGAUAAGAUGGCACUACUCAGGAAAAUGUGUCAAUAAAAAAAUACAUUAUGUGCUAUGCUUU